CCUCCUAAUGAGGGUGUGGUGGAAGUCUGGAUGACUGCAUUGGCACCUUUAGAUGAUGAUGAGGAUGAUCUCUAUAUGACACCUCCACCUGAGACUGUACAUAAUGAGAACACCAAUAAUAGUAAAGAUGAGGAUGAUCUCUAUAUGACUCCUCCACCAGAGAAAAUCAAUGGACAUGUUGAAAACCAAGAGGCUGUUGAAGAGGCUACCCAUAUGGAUGUGACUAUGACAAGAACUCCUCCUAGGACUCCUAAGCAUGAGCGCCAGACUGUGCGGGAGCAAGAGCAUGCUGAAAGGCUUCAGAUGACUUCUUUGACUCUUCGGCGCGAGCGUUCUGCA